AUGGAUACCUACGUUUUGCAACUAGCCAUGGCGGCGCUCGUCGGAGCUUCUACCGUCGCCAUCUCCGCUUAUUUUCUCCACCGCAAAACACUCCUUCAGCUUCUCGAGUUAGCUCGCGAGGGCAAUGAUGAUGAUGAUGUUGAUCUUGUCUCCGCCGCCGAUGAUUUGGCUAACCGUGGCGGCGGACGAGUAAGGAGGAAGGUGAAUGGAUAUCUCCGGCGAGACUCUUCGUCGCUGCCGGAUGUUACGGUGAUGUCUGAAGAGGAGAAGAGAAACGGACAGGUUACGGUCCAAGGGAUUCCGGCUGGGUUGCCGCAGCUCCAUGCGGUUCAUCAAGGUACCUCGAAGAGAAAAACAGCGAGGCCAAUUUCUCCCAAGUCUCCUGUAGCAAGUGCUAGGGCCUUUGACAGCGUUGAAGAAUCAGACGAUGAUGAUGUUGCUGACCAUACUAAAUUAGAUACUACAUAUCUUCACACCAAUGGAGAUGUUGGGCCAGAAGUCAAAAACCAAAACCAGCCUUUAACUGAUUCUGUAAAUGCUAAUGGAGAGCAGAUGCCAGUUGCAGUUUCAAGUAUGAUCCAUUCUCACAGUGUUUCUGGUGACCUGCAUGGUGUGCAGCCUGACCCUAUUGCAGCUGAUAUUCUAAGAAAAGAGCCGGAGCAUGAAACGUUUGCUCGACUUAUAAUUACUCCUCUUGAGGCUCCAUUACCCGAUGAAGUGGAAGCCUACAUGGUGCUUCAAGAAUGCCUUGAAAUGAGAAAAAGAUAUGUCUUUACGGAAGCAGUUGCUCCAUGGGAAAAAGAGGUUAUAUCUGACCCUGGCACUCCAAAACCUAACCCAGAGCCAUUCUUUUACACCCCUGAAGGAAAAUCAGAUCACUACUUUAAAAUGCAAGAUGGGGUUGUUCACGUAUAUCCAAAUAUAGAUUCAAAACAAGAACUUUUUCCUGUUGCAGAUGCAACAACCUUUUUCACUGACCUCCAUCAUAUAAAUCGAGUCGCAGCAGCGGGGAACAUAAGGACUUUAUGCUAUCACCGGCUUAAUCUUCUGGAACAACAAUUCAUUCUUCAUUUGAUGCUAAAUGCGGACAAGGAAUUUCUUGCCCAAAAGAGUGCUCCUCAUCGAGACUUCUACAAUGUUAGGAAAGUUGAUACUCAUGUCCACCACUCAGCAUGCAUGAACCAGAAGCAUCUAUUAAGGUUUAUAAAAUCUAAGCUGAGGAAAGAACCUGAUGAGGUCGUAAUAUUUCGAGAUGGGACUUAUCUGACCUUGAAAGAAGUUUUUGAGAGUCUGGAUUUGACUGGAUACGACCUCAAUGUUGAUCUUUUGGAUGUUCACGCAGACAAGAGUACAUUCCAUCGCUUUGACAAAUUCAAUCUUAAGUACAAUCCUUGUGGUCAAAGUAGGCUCAGGGAGAUAUUCUUGAAGCAGGAUAAUCUCAUUCAAGGUCGUUUCCUUGCCGAGGUGACAAAGCAAGUAUUUUCCGAUCUUGAAGCCAGUAAAUAUCAGAUGGCUGAGUAUAGAAUAUCAAUAUAUGGGAGGAAACAAAGUGAGUGGGAUCAACUUGCUAGUUGGAUAGUGAAUAAUGAACUCUACAGCCAGAAUGUGGUUUGGCUGAUUCAGCUUCCAAGGUUGUACAAUGUGUACAAAGAAAUGGGAAUUGUGACGUCAUUCCAGAACAUCCUUGACAAUAUCUUCAUUCCACUUUUUGAGGUUACCGUGGAUCCUGAUUCACACCCUCAGCUACAUGUGUUCUUGAAACAGGUUGUUGGGUUGGAUUUGGUUGAUGAUGAAAGCAAGCCUGAAAGACGGCCAACCAAACACAUGCCUACACCUGCUCAAUGGACUAACAAAUAUAAUCCAGCAUUUUCAUAUUAUGUCUACUACUGUUAUGCCAAUCUUUACACCUUAAACAAGCUUCGUGAGUCGAAGGGAAUGACAACAAUUAAAUUACGUCCACAUUGUGGAGAGGCUGGCGAUAUCGAUCAUCUUGCUGCAACCUUUCUUACUGCUCAUAACAUUGCGCAUGGAAUUAAUUUGAGAAAAUCUCCCGUGCUUCAAUAUUUGUACUAUUUAGCUCAAAUUGGGCUGGCAAUGUCUCCCCUCAGCAAUAACUCCCUAUUCUUAGAUUAUCAUAAGAAUCCUUUUCCGAAGUUCUUCUUGAGGGGUUUGAAUGUAUCACUUUCAACUGAUGAUCCGCUCCAGAUUCACUUAACAAAAGAACCAUUGGUUGAAGAAUAUAGCAUAGCUGCUUCUGUGUGGAAAUUGAGCUCAUGCGAUUUAUCUGAGAUCGCUCGGAAUUCAGUUUACCAGUCAGGUUUCUCACAUGCCUUAAAGUCACACUGGAUUGGCAGUGAGUAUUACAAGAGAGGGCCAAAUGGAAAUGACAUUCACAAAACAAAUGUUCCUCACAUCCGAUUGGAAUUCCGAGACACGAUUUGGAGAGGUGAAAUGCGACUGGUUUAUUUGGGCAGAGCCAACAUUCCUGAAGUAGUAGACAAAUAG